AUGUCCGGCCUCGCUCGGUCUUGGGGAUGGUUCACGCAGCAGGUGUGGCGACAGGGGGCUUCGCAGCCGCAGCUGGCCGACUUCCUUUGCCCCUUCACCAAGGAGCUGAUGAAGGACCCGGUGACCGCCGAAGACAACUUCAACUAUGAGCGGAGCAGCAUCGAGAAGUGGAUCCUGGUAGAAAAGAAGGGCACGUCCCCUCAGACGGGUAAGAGGAUGGGGAGCACACUCCAGCCCAACAAGGACCUGAAGUCGGCCAUUGACAGGUACACGGCGGCCCACCAGGACGAGAGCGGCACCGAGCGUCUUGAGGGCGUCAUCGAGUGGCCAUCGCAUGGCCUUCAGGAUCCUGAGACCCGGACGCUGUCCAUGGGCCCGGCCGCUUCUGGCUCUGCAAGCGCCGGUGAUGCAGGCGAUCGCCCGGAGCGCCCACAUAAGAGGCCUCGAAGAGACUGGAGGCUCUCCACCCAUGCCCCCGUUUCCAGCAUGGCGGAGGCCAUGAGCAAAUUCUUCCUGGAACUGGAUCCCAUGCGAGACUUGCUGCAGGAGGUCCUGGAAGGAUGGACUCCACCAAGAAUCAUCGUCCUUGGCGAUGAGAGCACCGGCAAGUCCACAAUCCUGGAACAGCUGGCCAACAUCCCAAUCUUUCCCCGAAAGCGGCGCUUCUGCACGCGCCUGGCGGUGCAUGUAAGGCUUCGGCGCACGCCGGAGGUGAGCCAGGCCUUCCUAUCAGUCUACAAGAUGCAAGAUGGAAAGGAAGUAGCAGAAGCCGCGCCUAAGGAAAUCCCGCAGGAGAAUGGCUGGCUGAUCGUGCAGGAGGAGAUGAUGCGCUUGAGCGAGGAGAACGGAGUGCAGGGCAUCGUGGCCGACAAGUUCCUGGUGGUGGAGAUCAAGCACCCUGCCGUACCGAGCAUUGAUCUCGUGGAUUUGCCCGGAAUCGUCGGGUCUCCUGCCGACAAGGAGAAGGAGAUCUCGAGGAUCAUCGACCAGCAGCUGGCCUACGACGAGGCCCGUGGCUGCCACGACAUGUUCCUGGCCGUGGUUCCGGCCUCCGGUGAUGUUCGCCCAAGCACCAACAUGGCCAUGAGGAUCGUCCAGAAUCACAUGCUGGAAGAGCGCACCAUCGGCGUGUUCUCUAAAGUGGAUCAGUGCGCCGACUCGCAAGUCUUGCGUGCCCUCGUCCUGAACGAGAGCACAUCCGAUGAAGACUCGCCAGAGUCACUGGGGCGCAUCAGCCUCAAGAGCUGGGUGGCCUGCAUGCUCAAGCCUCCACAGGAGAAGCAUCUGGUAGUCCACAAUUUUGAGCGACUCUUUGUGCAGCACGGCAACGAACUGGAGUUCUUCCAACAAGGCGACGAGCACUUGAAGCGCCUGUUGGAGAAAGAUGUGGCAGGGAUGGGCUGUCUGGCUCAGCACUUGGAGAAGGCCUACUGCUCCUACCUUCAGAACACCUGGAAGACGGCUGCGAUGACCAAGGUCCUUAACAAGUUGGACGAGAAGGAAUUCGAGUUCAAGCAGUUGGGGGUGGUGGAGGAGCAGAAGAAGACACGUUUGGCGAAGAAGGAGGUGGAGCACCGCUUCAAAGACAGCCCCAAGUUGCCAGUGGGGCAGUUGUACUCAGCCUUCCUGUCCACGAUCCUCGCGGACUUUUCGGCCGAACUCCGGGCGCGCCUCGCAGAGCUCGAUGGGCUGUCGUGCAGCCCCGGCCAGCUGGCCAACUCGCUGCAGCAGGCGCGCCAAGACCUCGAGAACAUCUUCGCAGAAGCCACGGGAAAGGUCUUCAGCCACUUUGUGCCCUCGCUGGAAAAGAUGCUGCUGGCAGAGAUCACCCUGGACGAGAGCGUCCCGGCCACAGACGGCUUCAUUGCGAAGGUCGUGGACACCGUCAGAACCCGUAUGCGCACGAAGGGCCAGCCCCGAGCCGUGGUCCGGAAAGUCAUGAGGGACACAGAGUUUAUCCAGCUGUGCCAGUACAAGGACUUCACCAAGCAGGUCAUGAAAGCCUGCCGCGAGCUCUUUGAAAAGGCUGUGCAGGAGUUGAAGGAGAAGAGCCGGGAGCUCCUCGCUUCCCUGCUGAAGGUGGACCUUGGCUCUCCAUACCUACGGGGUGCGGUGGACAAGGGCGAAGGCCUCGUGACCAUGAGCUGCGAUGCUUCGGGCUUCGCGGACGUUGCAGAGACGAUGUUUGCGAUGACCAUCCCAGGGGCUUCCAAGCUACAGGCCUUGCACCAGGGCGCCACCGUUGGAGCUGAGUGUGACGAGGCCAGGGCCAAGGCGAGGGCGUUGAAGGACGAGCUGAAGCAGAUGUGCCUUGCUCGUGACGGCAUCAAGAGGGCACUCUUCACCGAAGAGGAGUUCCAGGACUUCCAGCAGUCAUGCCUCUCAGCAUGA